AUGCCAAACUACCGCUGCUGUGUUGCUGGUUGUAAUAACGACUCCAGGUAUCCAGAUAGGUUAUUUAAAAGAACUCAAGUAACAGAGCUAAAAUUUCACUACUUUCCUAAAGAUUCUUUAAAAAGGCAGCAUUGGGUAAAUCAAGUUAAAAAAGGUUUAAUAAAUUUUACAGUUUCUGAUAAUAAAGUGGUUUGCUCUAAUCAUUUUGAGUUUGGAAAGCCUACUUUUGCUUUUCCUAAUCCAACUUUAUACAUGAAUAUUCGUAAUGCAGAAAAAGAAUCUUCUACAAAACGAAGAAAACUUGAACGAUUUGAUGUCAUAUUAGAAUCAGAAGCAAACAGUUCAUCAACAAGUUUAACUUUAGAAAAUAAACACUGUGAUAAAUCUAUUCAGUGUAAUGAACCAAUACGACGAUCAAUAAUUUUUGCCGAUUUAACCAGAGAUUCUGAUGUUCAGUUUUUUACAGGCCUUGCAAAUUCAAAUGCCUUUGAAAUGUUGUUUUCUUACUUACAAAGGAAAGGAAAUGAGUUUCUUCUUGUGAUGAUGCGUUUACGUUUAGGUCUUUUAACUGAAGAUCUUGCUCAUCGUUUCAUGAUAUCUAUUUCUGUAGUGAGUUCAGUAUUUAUAACUUGGAUAAAACUUCUUUCUCUUGAAUUAAAAUGGCUAAUACAUUUUCCUGACAGAAAUAAUAUAAAGAGAAAUUUACCAACAAUGUUCAGGAAAUACUACCCAAAAUGCUCAAUAAUAAUUGAUUGUAGUGAGCUUUUUAUCGAAACACCAUCAAGUUUGGAUACUGCUGCAAGUUGUUGGUCAAAUUAUAAACAUCAUUAUACUGUUAAAUAUUUGGUUGGAAUAACACCAAAUGGUGCAAUUUCUUUUUUAUCAAAUUGUUAUGGCGGAAGAGCUAGCGAUGUUUUUAUUGUUAAAGAUUGUGGAAUUUUAAAAUUCUUACAACCUGGAGAUCAAGUUAUAGCAGAUAGAGGUUUUAAAAUAAAAGAACUACUAGCUUUUUACCAGUGCAAUUUAGCUAUUCCUCCAUCAAAACGCACAAAUUUGCAAAUGACAUCUAAUGAUGUGCGAGAAACCUCAAAAAUUGCAAAUGUUCGAAUUUAUGUGGAACAAGCCAUAGGGCGUAUGAAAAACUUUCGCAUAUUAAAAAAUGAAUUGCCAGUCACACUGUUACCAUUAUGUGACAAUAUUAUUACUGUAUGCGCUGUAUUAACAAACUUCAUGCCCCCCCUUUGCAUUGAUGAAAACAAAGCAUAA